AUGGGUUUGCGAAACAAUUUAUACUUUCUGGGUCAAAUAAUUCUCAGUUUAUCAAUUGUUUCUUUGGCGGCUAAGAAGGUGGAUAAUGAGGUGAAUAUAUGGCCAAUGCCAGUAUCCGUUAGUCAUGGUAAUCGGGUUCUGUAUAUGAGCAAAACAUUUGAGUUGAAAACUAAUGGGAGCAAAUACAAAGAUGUUUCUGGUAUACUUAAAGAUGGGUUCUCCAGAUUACUUGAUGUUAUCAAGGCUGGCCAUGUAAUUGAUGAUCAUUCUGGGGGUGGGGUUCAUCAUUUGACUCAAAUUCAGGGGAUUCAUGUCGUUAUUCUGUCUCCUAAUGAUACGUUAAUUUAUGGAAUUGAUGAAUCAUAUAAGUUAUUAGUCCCUGCAGAAGGAAAACCAGUUUAUGCACAUAUUCAGGCAAACACGGUUUAUGGGGCUUUACAUGGUCUAGAGACAUUCAGCCAGCUUUGUUACUUUAACUUCAAAAAUCGAAAGAUAGAAGUUCGUCAUGUUCCAUGCAACAUUACUGAUCAGCCAAGGUUCUCUUAUAGAGGGAUCCUAAUAGAUACGGCUCGUCAUUACCAGCCAAUCUCGAUGAUAAAGAAAGUUAUCGAUUCUAUGGCUUAUGCCAAAUUGAAUGUUCUGCAUUGGCAUAUUGUAGAUACACAGUCUUUUCCUUUGGAGAUACCAUCUUAUCCAAACUUAUGGCGUGGUUCUUACUCUGCUUCUGAAACAUACACAAUGGCUGAUGCUGCUGCAAUAGUAAGUUAUGCUCAAAGAAGGGGGAUUCAUGUGUUGGCUGAAAUUGAUGUUCCAGGCCAUGCUUUGUCUUGGGGAAUUGGUUACCCUCAGUUAUGGCCAUCGAGGAAUUGCAAGGAACCGCUUGAUGUUAGCAAUGAGUUCGUCUUUAAAUUAAUUGAUGGAAUUCUUUCAGAUUUCAGUAAGGUCUUCAAGUUUAAAUUCGUUCACUUGGGAGGCGAUGAAGUCGAUACAAGUUGCUGGGAAACAACUCCACAUAUAAAGAAAUGGAUGAAUGAACACAAAAUGGUUCAAUCUCAAGCUUAUGAAUACUUUGUUCUGAGGGCACAAAAGAUAGCUUCAUCUCAUGGAUACGAGAUUAUCAACUGGGAAGAGACAUUUAACAAUUUUGGAAGCAAGUUAAACCGAAACACUGUGGUUCACAACUGGAUUGGACCUGAUGUUGCUCCUCAAGUAGUGGCUGCUGGAUUUAGGUGUAUUGUGAGCAAUCAAGACAAAUGGUAUUUAGAUCAUUUGGAUACUCCUUGGCAAGACUUCUAUAUGAAUGAGCCACUUUCUAACAUUACAAAUCCUAAGCAUCAAAAGCUAGUCAUUGGUGGUGAAGUUGGAAUGUGGGGUGAACAUGUAGAUGGUUCAGAUAUUGAACAGACCAUAUGGCCAAGAGCAGCUGCUGCAGCAGAGAGGCUUUGGACACCAUAUGUGAAGCUGGCGAAAAAUGUAGAGGAAGUUGAGGGAAGAUUGUCACAUUUUAGGUGUUUGUUGAAUCAAAGAGGAGUAGCUGCUGCUCCACUCAAUGCACCUGGUAGAGAAGCUCCAGAUGGACCAGGAUCUUGCUUUAUGCAGUAA